AUGAGUGAAGGGAGACAGUCCAGCAACGGGAAGACUGCAACAGCCACUCCCGUCAGCAGAUCAGGCAAUGGCAUAAUGGUCAGCCAGGCGGAGAUCCCCGCCCAUCUAGUAGCCAUUUACGAACACAACGCCACAACCUCUCCCCUUCUCUGUCUUCCCGCAGAGCUCCGUAAUAUGAUCUGGGAACUCGCACUCGGAGGCCAAAGAGUCUACAUCUACGGCCGGAGCGUAGAGCCCACAGACCCUCCCGAACCCUGGCUAAUCCUGGGGAGCGAGGUCCUCGACAUGCGACCCGUCAGCGGCAGCGCCGCCAGACGCAAAUCCGCAUUCCACCUUCUCGAAGUAUCGCGCCAAAUCUUCGCCGAGACCUCCGCCCUCGCAUACUCGCUCAACACCUUCGUCUUCCAGACCCCGAUGGCUAUGCGCUCGUGGGCCGAACACCUCUCAUGCUAUCCGCGGCUGCGCCAGGCCGUUCGAAGCGUGUACGUCGACAACGAUCUCUGCUAUAAUACAUACUUCAGCACGGUGCCGUUGGACUAUUCGGCGGAUGUCGGUAAGCCGGAGCCUACGAAUCCAUUGUUUACGAAGAUGUUUCCUGGCCUGAAGACAUUGAUUAUUCCGGGGAUUGUCAUGCGUGACGCGCUGGAAACGGGGAGGGUAACUAGGGGCACGGCUCAAGGCUACAGCGAAUGCAUUGAGAGGAAGAUUCGAGAACGCGAGGGAGCGAGGGGGCAGAUCUUAACUAUCGUUUUUGAAGACCGAGCGGUGCGUGAAGGGGAAGGGAGUUCGACCAAUAGAGCCGGUCGGCAGCAAGCUCAGCAUGAGUCCGGAGACUAG